UUUUUAACGUUCUGUCGGUUUUUUAAUAUCGGAAUAUUUUCUGUGGAAAUGCCAGGAAAAACAGAGAAAAAGCAAUUACAGCCGGAUGCGGUGAUGGUUGACGGCGUUAACAUCAGCGCCCUGGACCAAGAAGGAGUGGCUGAUGAAGUUCGCCAUACGGCAAGUGCAGGAACUGGUGCAGCUAAAGAAAGAACGCAGUGCAGUGGAGGAGGAACGUGACCUUUUCUUCCGCCAACUGGAAACCGCGCGUCAACAGCUGCAGCAGCAGGAGGCCCAAUUGCUCCUUAGGAAGAAAGACAUUCAAGACGUUAAGGAUAAACAGCACACCGAGCUCAAGAUUUAUCGGCAACGAGCAAACCAUUUGAAAUACGAAGCGAGCAAGGAAGCGGAGUCAGAGAAUGGUCACCAGGAAGCGCUGGCACGGGAAGCGUUAAAGCAGCGCGUCAGCGAACGCGCGGAGAUCGCCCGGGAAGCCAUGUAUGUGCAACGGAAGGCGGUCGACGAGGAGCAGGCAUUUUUGCAGAAUGCCAAGGAAAACGCCACGAAAAUGGCGCUAGACGCGAAGGAUUUUGCGGACAACCUGCGGGAAGCGCUGGCAUCGCGUGAGGAGUGGAUGGCUGGAGAGUGGACGUGGGCGGCGGAGGAAGCGGCGCUGGACGGGCAGAUGGUGGCGCGGCGUGCCGAGCAGCAGCGCGGGGAGCACAUCCACCACCUGCAGGCCAAUUAUGAGCGCAACUUCACCCAGGUGAAACGCUACUUUCAAGAGCUGACGCAGCACAAUCUGCAGAUUAUCAGCCAGCUGAGCACCCGCGCUACCACCGUCAGACAGCAUGUCCGGCAGUUGGCGGCACGACUGCAGGAUAUCCGCGCCCAGAACCGGCGCUGCCGGCUUCCCAUGCAGGCCAAACAGGCGCAACUGACCACGCUACGCCAGCAGCUGGCCAACCUCAGGAAGGACGAGGCAGCCGCCCAGCGGACGCAGCGGGAGUUGCAGCGACUGCAGGCCGACCGGCGCACGCUAAAAACAGAGAUUACCGGCUUGCAGGAGCAGCUGACUAAGUUACAGGAGGAGACGAAGCAGUGGCAAGCUGGUUUCGUUCCGGCUUCGAGCGAAGCCAAAGGGAUUAUUGGGGCCCAGGCAAACGACAUCCGCGACAACACGGUGGCGCUGAAAGAGCGCGUGCAGAAAGUGAAAGAGGAGAUACGACAACAGAUCCUUGCAAAAAAUCUCGACGCGCAACAGUUCCUUGAUCAAGUGGAGAUCUUCGAGAAGAAGUGUUUAGAAAACACGGCCAUACGUAACGAUCUGCAUCAGUCCAUACAGAAAAUGGCCAAGGUGUACAACGAUUCCCUGCAGACGAUCCGUUACCUUGUGGAGGAAUUCCAUUUGCCGCUGGACGCCAGUCUCGACCGGCGCCCCAUCCAGCCGGCAACAGUGACCCUGCUGGCGGGAAAAGCCGCUGAGAUCAACCGACUGCGCCAAGUGAAGCACGCCCUCACGCCAGCGCGACACGUUCGUAUAAAAAACGCUAUUUUCUGAUUGUUCAUUAGCCAUAAUAGCUAAGUAAUUUUUCUUUUGCUCAUUUUGAUUGCCUGGACCCUUUUUCAGAUAAAUCUUAGACUUACUAUAACUAAC